AUUCUUUAACUUUUAGUAAUUCUCUUGGUUGAAUCCUUGGAUUUUACCUCGUCUGAUGUAAGCAUACAUUGCUAUAACUGGUUAUGCUAGCUAUGAUUCAUCUCUUUUGCAUCUUAAAAUUAUUCUAGUAUAUACUGACUAUGGAUUUUGACUGAGUUAUUGGCAAUUUUUUAGGACGUUGCUCACUAGAUACUGGUAGCAUCAAUUUUUCAUUUUGUUCUUUAUGAAUUGGAUAGUAGCUCAAGGCACCUUAAUUAUAUUCUAAAAGCAUCUUAUUCUCAACUAACGCGCACGGCUGUCCAACUAGUUUUUUAAAAACAAAAAUAUGAUUAAUAACUUUUUCGAGAAUGAAAUUGUCUAAUAUUGUUGAUACAAUUUUUGUUUGUUUGUUUGUUUGUAUUAUCUAUUUUAUUUUUUAAAUAAAAAAAGUAAAAUAAAAAAAAAAGAAAAAAAGAAAUAGCGUUUGCUUUUGGAGUUGAUUGAUUCUACUUCUACCAACCGUCUGAAUUGCGGAAUUUUCCUGUGUUUUCUGCCCCUUUCUCUUCUUCCUCUUCAUUCCUCCCUCUCUCUCUCUCUCUCUCUCUCUUCUUGAUCACUGUAAAAAUGGCGGAUUUUGUAUCCUCACUCGACAAUCCUCCGAUGAUUUCCGCCGCAUCGUCAUCCGGAGCUACCGUUGCUGAUCACGAGGAUGAUUUCAAAGACGCAUGUAGUAUAUGUCUCGAGCCUUUCAACUCACAAGAUCCUCCCACUGUCACCAACUGUAGACAUGAGUAUCAUCUCCAGUGUUUUCUUGCAUGGUCACAAAGAAGCAAAGAGUGCCCUAUACGUUGGCAACUUCUUGUCUUGAAGGACCCUUCCAGAGUCCUUUGCAGCCCUGAAAGUCCACAAAGACCAAGCUCCACUGAAUUUCUUGCUUUCUCGGAGUCUGUUAAAUCGAAAUUUUCUGUGGCUUCUGCCAGAUAUAAGGAAUCAAUCUCAAAAAGUACCCGAGGAUUUAAAGAGAAGCUACUUGCCCACAAUAUCUCAGUCAAAGAAUUGGGAAGAGGAGUUCAACGUGAGAGGAAUGCAGGUAUUGCUGGUGCUGCACGAAUGAUUGAGCGCCUUGAUCUUCCCUCAAAACGGACCGGAAUUUCUGUUCCUUUAUCCAGUUGCUGAACCUCAAACUUCUCGUAUAACGGAAAAGACACUCGAGUGUAAUUACUUAGUCUCCUAAUGAAAAUGCUGGGGAAAGUGUGCAUGAUAUGAGUUCACCUGAAUCCCCUCGUGUUCACAGUACCUUCCCAAGUGAAUUGGAUAUUUCUCUCGUUCAGUCUGGAAGGUGAUGUUGUUAAGACGCGAACCAGUGCUCAACUAUGGGUUCCACAUUUCAUUCUCCCCAUGAAGGCAUUUACUCUAUGCCGUACGAUUAGGAAUCAGUCCAGGCGUUUACGCAAGUGACGUAUGACAAGGAAUCAAUCCACCAUGAUUUAGAGGAUGAUAACUGGUUCUUGUCCUGCAAUAAUUCUAUUUGCGAAACUUGAAACCUUUCAAGUGAUUUACUGUUUUUACAUAAAUAUGGUUAUAUGUAUUAUUGUUCCAGUUAAGUGCAUGGGAUUUUUAACUUUGCUGGCGUUAAUGUGCUUAUUGAUAUAAAGUUUAUCCUUUGUGCUUAUUAAUAAGCACAUAAAUAA